GCUUCUGCAGCCAUACCACCCAAGGAAGGAUGCUAUUAGAAUCUUGGGGACUGGGCUAAAUGAUGUUGCAUCGCAGACCCUAAUAUGGUCAAUGCAGGAGACAUGAAUGGUUCUGGCAACCUGAUGGAUUUUCUGGAUGAGCCUUUCCCCGAUGUUGGAACUUACGAAGAUUUCCACACCAUUGACUGGCUGCGGGAGAAAUCACGCGACACUGACCGCCACAGAAAGAUUACAAGCAAAAGUAAGGAAUCCAUAUGGGAGUUCAUCAAGAGUUUGCUGGAUGCUUGGUCAGGAUGGGUUGUGAUGCUUCUCAUAGGACUACUGGCAGGCACAUUAGCCGGAGUGAUAGAUUUAGCUGUGGAUUGGAUGACAGACCUGAAGGAGGGGGUCUGCCUGUCUGCCUUCUGGUACAGCCACGAGCAGUGCUGCUGGACGUCUAAUGAAACGACAUUCGAUGACAGGGACAAAUGUCCCCAGUGGCAGAAAUGGUCUGAACUUCUUGUAAGCCAGUCUGAGGGUGCAAGUGCUUACAUUCUAAACUAUUUUCUAUACAUUAUGUGGGCUCUAUGUUUUGCUUUCCUGGCAGUCUCCCUGGUCAGAGUGUUUGCUCCCUAUGCCUGUGGCUCUGGAAUCCCAGAGAUAAAAACCAUCUUGAGUGGGUUCAUUAUUAGGGGCUACCUGGGAAAGUGGACACUUUUAAUCAAAACAGUCACCUUGGUUCUGGUGGUAUCUUCAGGCCUCAGCCUUGGGAAAGAGGGGCCGUUAGUCCACGUGGCCUGUUGUUGCGGAAACUUCUUCAGCAGCCUUUUCUCCAAGUACAGCAAGAAUGAAGGAAAGAGAAGAGAGGUGCUUUCGGCUGCAGCUGCCGCAGGAGUUUCUGUUGCCUUUGGUGCUCCAAUUGGGGGUGUGCUUUUUAGUCUGGAAGAGGUCAGUUAUUACUUUCCUCUGAAAACUCUCUGGAGGUCAUUUUUUGCUGCUCUUGUGGCUGCCUUCACACUGAGGUCCAUCAAUCCUUUUGGAAACAGCCGGCUGGUCUUGUUCUACGUGGAGUACCACACCCCCUGGUACAUGGCUGAGCUCUUCCCCUUCAUCUUGCUUGGUGUCUUCGGCGGCCUCUGGGGGACCCUCUUUAUCCGAUGCAACAUUGCCUGGUGCAGGAGGCGAAAGACCACCAGACUUGGGAAAUACCCAGUCCUGGAGGUCAUAGUGAUAACGGCUAUCACUGCCAUCAUCGCCUAUCCCAACCCCUACACACGGAGGAGCACCAGUGAGCUGAUCUCGGAGCUCUUCAACGACUGCGGUGCACUGGAGUCCUCCCAGCUCUGCGACUACAUCAAUGACCCAAACAUGACCCGGCCAGUGGAUGACAUUCCUGACAGACCUGCUGGCCCUGGAGUCUACACUGCCAUGUGGCAGCUCGCCUUGGCCUUGGUGUUUAAAAUUGUUAUCACAAUAUUCACUUUCGGCAUGAAGAUCCCUUCAGGCCUUUUCAUUCCCAGCAUGGCUGUUGGAGCCAUGGCUGGCAGGAUGGUUGGGAUCGGAGUAGAGCAGCUGGCAUAUCACCAUCAUGACUGGAUCAUCUUCAGGAACUGGUGCAGACCUGGGGCAGACUGUGUCACACCAGGACUUUAUGCUAUGGUGGGAGCUGCAGCUUGCUUGGGUGGUGUUACUCGAAUGACGGUCUCUCUGGUGGUGAUUAUGUUUGAGCUAACUGGAGGCCUGGAGUACAUCGUACCUCUUAUGGCUGCAGCUGUCACAAGCAAGUGGGUGGCAGAUGCCUUUGGGAAAGAAGGGAUCUAUGAAGCUCACAUUCACCUGAAUGGCUACCCAUUUCUGGAUGUGAAGGAUGAAUUCACCCACCGAACCCUGGCAACUGAUGUCAUGAGACCAAGGCGUGGUGAAGCUCCUCUCUCUGUUCUGACACAGGACAGCAUGACAGUGGAGGAUGUUGAGACACUAAUCAAGGAGACUGACUACAAUGGCUUUCCAGUUGUGGUUUCGAAAGACUCAGAGAGACUUAUUGGGUUUGCACAGAGACGAGAGCUGAUUCUUGCAAUAAAGAAUGCAAGACAGCGUCAGGAUGGGGUGGUGAGCAACUCCAUUGUGUACUUCACUGAAGACCCCCCCGAACUGCCACCCAACAGUCCCCAUCCACUGAAGCUGCGGCGUAUUCUCAACCUCAGCCCUUUCACUGUCACUGACCACACACCAAUGGAGACUGUGGUAGAUAUUUUCCGGAAACUUGGGCUCCGACAGUGUCUUGUCACUCGCAGUGGGAGGCUGCUGGGUAUCAUAACUAAAAAGGAUGUAUUAAGACAUAUGGCUCAAAUGGCAAACCAGGACCCUGAAUCUAUCAUGUUUAACUAGACUGGUAAGGGAAGAAGAAAGUAACCCCAAAGGAAUACCUUCUAGAUUAACACAAAGGCUAUGUUUGGUAUUUCGUUUUGUUUGAAGAGAAAAUGCAAUAUGUAUGAAGAAUGGCCCAAUAGCCUCUGACAGAGGGAGCAUAUGCAGGAUGGCACUUAUUUAAUGAGGAAGGCAGUUUAGAAACGCUAAACAGCUGCAGAUAUCAAGCUGUGUUUCCUUAAUGAGAUUCCCAACAGCUCAAUCGGAGCAUUGAUGGGUGUAAGUAAGUGAUGUGGUGCUUAGAGACAAAGAGCCAGGAGCACCAGUGGGAUGCAUCAGUGUUCACAGUAACUCUUGAGGCAGGUGUGAAAACUUGCAAGACAUUGUCUAUGUAUAAGCUAUUUAAGAGAUAUAAAGAUCUGUGUUCCAAACUAAAGAGUGUAUAUGAGCAAUCUCAGUUGUUUUUGUUAUUGAAGCCAUGGCUAUUUAUAUGCUACUGAAUUAUACCAUUUUCAUGAGGGAAAAAACUGUCAGAUUUUAAAAUGAAAAAUGUUGUCAUCUUCAUUGAUUUUUGCAAAAAUUAAGUGAAUCAAGACUGGUGGUAAAGGAGCAAGAGCACACUUCAAUUCACUUUAAAAUGCAGUGUCCCCUGCUCCCUGCUUUAGUCCUUUGAAUUUUAUACAGUUUAGCAUUUAUGUCAAGCAACCUCCCUUUAUUAAUGUUGAAAUGUGACUUAUUUGUAAGGAUUUAUUAUUUCUGUAUGCAAUUUUGCAUAUAGGUACUGUGAUAUUUAGUAUUAUGUGGUUUGCUGUGGCAACAGGAAAAACCAUAGACACCCAUGGAGGAAUUUGCAAAGGCACUAAGGGAAGACUGGUAUCCAUCUCUCAUCAGUGUUAAUGACAAGACAUGAGAUGUCCCACCGCUCUCCCCUUGUGUACAUCAUCAUUUUUCACAAACUAAUGAAGUUCUGCAUUGAUUCCUCAUUCUCUGUUUAUUCUCUUUUCGUCACCACUACUUCUUGGCAUUUGUCUGCACCUGUCAACAGAUUGCUGAAGUUAAUUUAAGUUAUUCUGUAGCAGAUCUACUUUUUAUGCACCUGCCAAUCACAGGACUAUGGAAGCCCUCCCCAUAACACUAAUGCUGGAUAAGAUCAAAGGGCCUGAGAAUUCAAAUGACAAUAGUGAAGCUUUAACUACUGAUCUGUUUGCACCAAGAACACAAGAUUUAACAGCCCAUGGUAGGGACCUCCAAGUCAUUCAGGUAAAAAUGGUAAAUUACCCUAAACCCUUGUUCAGGUUCUAUGUGGGAUGCACAGAACCAGCGUUUUCUGUGUUAAUACACUAACACUUUGGUCAAUACUGCUAUUGGUAACAGAAUACCAAUACUCUCAGUAACACAUAAUCCACACUCCCCAGUGUUUGCUUUAUAAGCUUAAAGCUUGGAGAGAGGUUGCAUCUUAACUUAGGUGCCCUGAAUCCCUUCCAGACGCUCUGAGAGUCUGGUCCCUUCAUUUAGACAUCUAAGACUUCUGUUAUUUUUAUUCAAAUCCAUACAGAUACUGGUAGCUCACCUCCAUUGCGUUCAGAUGGUCUUCAUGGAAAGAGAUGAGUGGAGACCUCUCAUGCCAGAAGAGCCUGUUUCUUACUCCAGACAAAAGCCAGACUGUUGAUCCAACUUGUAGGCAAUGUGCAUGAUAAUUGUGUGCCUGAACUGAGACAACUAGCCAGGUGUAGCCUAAGUUAGAUGCCUGAAGGUACAUGUUGCAAAUUCCACUUCUUAUCUCCAGUAACCCUGCUUCCUUCUGGCAUAUCCCACUGCAUUCACAGAAAGUAUGGCCCAAAUUGUUUAAGUAAAAGAAACGGAAGUAAACGGAUAAUUUUAAUCUGCUAAGUACUCCAUUUAACAAUAGCGUUCACAACAGACUGACAUAAAUAUACAUAGCUCUGGCCAAAGCCCAUAAAUAUUUCAGUGUAUACUUUUUGUUAACUGAACAUCUGCAGUACAAUGUAUUAUUAAAGGGAUAUUGUAGAUAUUAAAACUAUGUAAGGUACAGAACUAAGCACCCCUUUCCUUCUGAAAAUAGGAAAUGCAACAAAUUAUUGUUGUUUCUUAUAUUUUUCUGUGAAGCUGUCAUCAUUCAAACUCGAAAAAAACAACCUAGUCAACAAUCAAGCUCAUAAACAUUGGAUUUCCUCAUUUGAACAGAGAUGCCAUCAUGAAAUAAAAUCAGUUAAUUUCCACAUCUAAACCCAAGGAGGCCUUAGUACAAGUGUUUCUACCCAGAACCACUAAAAUGUAAGGAAUUUGGGCUGAGAUAAAUAUCAAUGUUUAGAUUUCUAUAAAUAUCAGUCUUUGAGAGCAGUCUUGUUUGGAAAUUAAAGCGAAAACUGUGUUCUACUUUUCACUUUUCUAGCUCUUGAUGUUAAGACAUACAUGUUUGAUGAACACUUCUCAAUCUUCCUUUAUGCUUACAUAGGAAACAAGAGGGCGUACUCUUCCCACUUGAACACUUCUAAAUACCUCUUUCGCUCAUAAGCUAAGAGAGGUAAAUUGGGAAGGGAAUUCAUCUGCUAUUUGAAGUAAAACUUAAGGCUUCCUAUGUGUUAGGAGAAAGGAGUGGUCUAAAACCUUCUCUGUUAGUGAAGAAAAUUUCAGUCCAUGUGGCAUUAUAAUGUAGUCCAUAGCAGAGCUAAUUCUGAAGAGCAUUCACAGUACUAAGGGCAAUGUUUGCUAACAGGAGCCAGGAUGUUUUAUCAACACUGAAAAAAAUUGUCAUUUCCAGAGAAAAAGACCUGGAGUCACAUAACUGAAGUUAAACAGGCCCUGAAUACAAAUUUACUUGGGCAUUUACUUAUCAGCUUAAGUUCAGCCUGUGGCUAUGCAUAGGCAUAAACUUGUGUGGCUAAUUGCCAUUAACACCCAGACAUCCGAUCCACUAAAACUGACAUUCAACCCUGUGAUAGCCUGUUGCCUUGUCUCAUUAGAGUGUAUAUGAGGAGCCCUCAGGGCAUAAGAACAGGACCCAUAAACCCAGCAUAGUGGUUUGUAAGAAACAACAGAAGGAAUUGAGAUUUAUGCACUUACUGUGAGUGCAGUUUGACCCUGGGACUACUAUCCAAGCAGAAGGCAGGUAAAUGGGUGUACAGCUCUUUUCUAUCAAUUGCAUUCCACUUUAGAUGGGAUGGUUUAAAUAUCUAAUGGGUCAAGGAAAAAAAGCUUUGGAUGUGUAAUGCUGCAUUGUUCCAAUGUCUGUUCAAAAUACAUUUGGCCCCUUUAGAGCAGGGACAGAUAUUUUGAUUUCCAGAAAUGGCAAAGUUAUCACUAACUUCAGCUCCUCAGCAUUAUCAAGGCUGAGGUGACGCUAGAAUGACUUUGGAAGGCUUUGAAACUGGACAGACUUUGCUAAUUAGAAAGCCUCCUCCAUGCUACAAUCUUCAUUGCUCUUAGUAUGAGUACCUGAAUAGGGAACACUCCUAAUACAAAUUAAUAACAUGCUUUUCUCAGAAAAUGCAGUUAUGAUGUAAUGAUUCAAUGCAUUUCCACAUAACAAGCCCAUUAUCAGUCACUUUCCCCCAUCUGUAUUCCCAAAUAUGUCUCAGAAGUUGCUGACUAGACUCCAAGAGACAUAGAUCUCAGCCUUAAGUAUUUAUUUAAAUUUGUAGAGCUCAAGAUAGUCACGUAUCCUGAUCAAUCUUAGAGUUACUUAAGUACUUCAGUAUAUAGUGCUCACUUUAUGCAACCUCAGCUCAAUCCUCAUAUUCAAGCAGUUGGACUUCAAAGAUGUCAGGCUAAACAAGGAAAUAAAAAUCUUUGAAUGAUGCAAGUUCAGUAUUGUACCUUUGUUUUGCAUGAACUAUGUUCUGUUACAUUCCGCUUCUGAUGUGUAUUUGAAGCAAUCUGUACCAGAAAGUUUAUUGUAAAAGUACAGAAUAUGGAUUAUACUGGCCAGAGCCAGACCCUUUGGUUGUCACAGUAAUACUAAUUAUUAAUACUUAUGCUUUGAUGAAGCAGAAAAAAAAUGUUUAAGAAUUACAGGAGACCCACUGACUCCAUGUUGGAAUGACAAUAUGAAUACAGUAUUGCUCUGUUUUCAGCUGUUUUUUUUUGGUUUUUAUUGUAGAAACAGUAUAUAUGUUGCACCUUAUUGAAAAACCAUGUUUGGACUCUAUUUUUUAAAUAAAACUGACUUACAGAACAGGAAA